AUGCGGAAAUACGGUCUUCGGGACAGACGCAAGCACCCUCCGCUACCCACUGUCCCUGUGUCAAAUGUCCAGUCCAUUUGGAAUAAGACCGAUGAGAUAGAGGCUUAUGCCAGGGAGUUUCCCCAGCUUUUCUUCACGUUGGUCUACAUUCCCCCGCAGGCCAACAUCUCAUCUGCGACCAAGCUGAUUGCGGAGGUGAGCAAUAAAUUGGACUGA